AGAUGAACGUCUCAUUACUUCUCAUUCUGAUUAGUAUUGCUUCGAUUGCUGCUUCUCCAGGAUUGCUACGACUGCCAAAAGUCUACAAUGCUUUGAUUACUAGUAAUCAAAAUCUAUCACCUUCAAGAGCUUUUCCUGUAAUACAACCUAUCGUUCAUAAAACAGCAAUAGGUUAUGUACCACCAUUUUACUAUAUGCAAGUCUCGCACAAUAUCGCCGGGCCAGAAAUAUUGCGUGUACCGCAUUUAUCCAUGCUGUUGCGAACAGAAAAUGUUCUAACUAAAAAAAAAAAUCAGAAACCAAAAAACGAAAGUGAAUUGUCUAUAACAGCAAAUAUAUUAAAGCGCAAUAAUACCAAAUCGAAUGUACCACAGAAAAAUGAUGUACAGCCCAAGGAUACCAUAACGACAAAUGCUGGUCAAGUACCUCUGAAUUUCUAUCCCAAUGAUCACUCUUUAUAUUAUGAUCCUUAUUUCUACACGCACAAUAUGUUCAAUUCUCAUCUACCCCCGCCUGUCACCUUUUAUCUUGAUUAUCAUACGUACGGAACUCUUCCGUCACUUCCCACCCUAAACACAUACAAUGAGUAUCUGCUUCAGAAUACUAUCGAUAAUAAGAUUUCAAGUCAGAAGAAAGAAGAAACAAAGAAUAUAUGGGAUAUUUCAACGACCUCAAUGCAUUGAGAAAAAUGGAGUAUCGCUGUAUAUUAUGAAGUACCACAGUCUAUUAUAACGACCUGGAAAUAUACAAAUUUAUGCAUUAA